AUGUCGUUCUCUGUUAGAACUGCGUUACGUCCCGCGGCGGCCGCGCCUUUCCGGUGCUUGGUAGCUGCAUCCCGGGCACGAUGCGCCUUCACCACUUCUUCUUCCCUCCGGAGAAGCGACGACGCGGGUUCGACGGCCGGCGAGCUCGGCGUUGGCGAGCUGCAGGGUGCGACGUUUCGGAUCGAGCCUCUGAGGAGAGUGGGCGAGGACGACGAGACGAAGCGGGCGAGGCUUUUGUAUCAAUCCCGAAAGCGCGGAACCCUCGAAUCAGACCUCCUCCUGUCGACUUUCGCAGCGCAGCACCUGCCCACGAUGACGACGGCGGAGCUGGACCAGUACGACCUCUUCCUGGACGAGAACGACUGGGACAUUUACUACUGGGCGACGCAGCGGGAGCCCAACUCGAGCACGAACCCGUCGGUGACGAUGAGCCCCGCGAGCGCCUCGUCGAGCGAGGACUUUGCGACGGCGCGCAAGGAGGACGAGGCGCUGCCGAAGAGCCCGCCCAAGGGGGAGUGGGCGCAGACGGUGGGCAACUUCAAGCCUGCGUAUAGGCCGGUGCCGCGGCGGUGGAGGGAUAGCGAGGUGCUGGAGAGGUUGAGGGAGCAUGUGAGGAGGAGGAGUGCGGGCGGGGAGGGGACGGGGAUGGGGUUCAUGCCGCCGUUGGAGGGGUGA